AUGGCACAAAAUAUUAAUGUAGAUAAUAUCAAUGAGAAUAAUUUAUUACCUAAAACAAAUGAAAAUAUUAGCAAAACAAAUAUUCCAUUAACAACAACAAAUGAUUUAUUUUAUGCUCAUCAAUAUAAACCAUCAACUGAUAAUCAAUAUUUUGAUGAUGAUGAUGAUGAUGAUAAAAUAUUUGAUAAUGAAAUUUCAUAUGAUUCUUCAUCACUUGAUCAUCAUAAACAUUAUAAUCAUAAUAUAGAAAAUGAUCAUUUUUCAACAGAUCAUAUUAUUCAAAUAGAAAAUAAUAGUAUUGUACAAAAUGAUGAUAAUGAUAUGUUAUCGGAUUAUUUGUUAGUAUCCAGAAAAAUGAGAGAUGAAAUAAAACAUAUUGAUCAACAAAUCCAUGAAACAUAUUUAGAAAUAAAAAAAACAACUUAUCAAUUAAAUAAAUUAAUUUAUAUGAAACAUAAAGCAGAUAAAUUAUUAUUAGGCAAUAUAAAAAAACAUAUAAGACAUUUGGAAACGAAAAAGUUAUGUCGUAAUAAAUCAAAUAAAAGGCAAGUCAAACGCAUUGACAAUCAUGGUUCUAAUCAUAAUAAAGAAAAAUGGUAA